AUGGCGAAGAAGAGACCUUCCUUCUCUUUCCUCACCUCUCCUGUCUCUCUCAUCAUCCCCCGCGGAGACGCUUUUCUAUACCUUUUCGCCGUCCUCUCCAUCUUCUCUCUCCUCCUCCACCACGUCUCCGCCGCCUCCCGUCCCGACUUCGAGGGCUUCGACGCCGAUGAAGAUGACGAUUUUGCCCUCGGGGCCGGCCUCAGAGACGACGAUGACGCCCCUCCCGUUCGCGCCACGCCGCCCCCAAUCUCUCUCUCCACUUCCACCCCCGAGUCCCACCACGGCCCCCCCGAUUCCGAUCAGUCUCAGAACAAAUCCUCGUCGAGUGAUCAGAACCCUAAGCCCGCAUCCACAUCGGCGUUUGAUUACUGGGAUGAGGAUGAGUUUGAAGGCAUCCCUCAGGACCUGAUAUCGCAUCCCGAGAAUCAGGCGACUCCGGAAUCUGAUCAAGCUGGGUCCAAACCCAAUUCGGCCUCCCGUGAUUCUGCCGGAGACCCUAAAUCUGAUGUGAAAGCUCCGAAGAAGAUCAGUCUUAUUGGGUUGAAAUCGGAGAAUGAGAACCUGGCCUUGGCGUGGGCCAGCAAAUUUGCGACCAAGGACUCGAUUUUUUAUAAGAACUUCAGCUUGUUGGGGGUAGGGGAGACCGAUGAUUCUCCAUUGCUGUUGCAGGAAGGAAAGAACGUGUUCAAGUUCUACGCGAGCGGUCGGAGGUUUUGUUCGGGGUUGGUGGCAACAAUGGAGCUGAAGAGCAGGCACGAUUUGAUCUCGAGAUUGUACAAUAUGGUGGUCCCCUGUAAGGACGAAAUCACAUUCGAGGUCUACAUGAAUGAUGAUGCAAUGGAUCAUGUUGUGUUUGCAAUGGCAAGAAAGAAGCUGGCAAAGACAAUGCAGAAGGAGAUGAGGGAUCUGCAGAGGUUUGCAGGAUUGGUGAAUCCUCCGAAUGGGAGGAAAUGGGUGACGGAUGAGCUGCAGGUAGUGUCAGAGUCAAAGGAGGUUGCUGGGGAUUUGAUCACUGAUGUGGUGCUUGAUCAGGUUUUUGGUGAGAAAGUUUUUGACAAAUUCGGAAAGGGCUUCAUCUCAAUGCACAUUUCUGAUCAACACGUUGGCUCAGCCAAAAAGAUGCUGAUGUUCAAGUUUGCUCUUCCUGAUGCUAAUAACAUGGCAGACAUGACUCGUUUGGUUGCUCUUGUGCCUUAUUACAUUGACCUGAUUGGAAGAUACAAGCUCAGCUCGCAUUUAGUGUUUGAAAUGUGGAAGUUGUAA